CUCUCUCCUCCCCGUCUAAUCUAGCUAGUACGCUUUGUUUCUCUCUCUCUUCUGUGUGCUCUCUCUCAUGGCAUUCUCCCAUUCCUGGUUCGUCAGCAAAGCCAUUAAUGGGGGAGCCGAAAUCUCCAAUAUCACAAGACGAUCAGACGACGGCAGCAGCCACAACAAUAUCCUCGUCAUCUACAGUCCCGCCACCACCGCCACUUCCCCGCCAGCAAUCCUCCCUUCUCGAACCAUGUCAUAAAAAGAAAAGCAAAACCAAAGUCUUCCGCGUCUUUCGCUCUGUAUUCCGAUCCUUCCCCAUCAUCACCCCCACCUGCAAGAUGCCAUCACUCCCGAUGGGCAGGCUCGACUCUAGCCGGGCCAUCUCCUCCGGCACUCGGGUCAGCGGCACGCUGUUUGGGUACCGAAAGGGACGCGUGUCUCUUUCGGUACAAGAAACCCCUAGGUGUCUUCCGAGCCUUGUGGUGGAGCUGGCCAUGCAGACAAAUGUGCUACAGAAGGAGAUGGGGUCAGGGAUGGUUAGAAUCGCGUUGGAAUGCGAGAAGAGAGCGGACAAGGAGAAGACGAGGCUUAUUGACGAGCCGGUGUGGACUAUAUACUGCAAUGGGAAGAAGACAGGGUAUGGAGUGAAGAGGGAGGCCACAGAGGAGGACUUGAACGUCAUGGAACUUCUCAAGGCAGUGACUAUGGGCGCAGGUGUGUUGCCCGGGAAGUCCGAGGUAGAGGGUCCGGAUGGCGAAAUGGUGUAUAUGCGGGCCCUCUUUGAGCGUGUUGUUGGCUCAAAAGACUCAGAAACUUUGUACAUGUUGAGUCCUGAAGGGAAUAAUGGGCCUGAGCUCAGUAUUUUCUUUGUAAGGAUAUGACGAUAUGAUUCACCUGCAUGCAUGUACACUACUGGUACACUAGGGAAGAGGAGGGUAGACUUCUUGGGAAAUUUCUUCUGUGAAUUAGGGUAGAAACAAGAAUUAUUACCUGACAUAAGGCGAUCGAUUAGAUUGACGAAGUGAAUAUGAAGGCUGUCUUAAUACAAUUCUUUUCUU